GAAGGGCGCAGCCCCUCUCCUCCCCUGGCCAGCGGGGCCGGAGCGAGGGCUGUUACUCAUUAUCCAUCCCGGCCCCCGGAGCGGCUGUCGGAGCCUCGUUGCAGGGCCCGGAGCGGCUGUUGGACCAGCGUUGCUCCAGCACCGGCGGGAUGGUUCACGGCCAAGGAGGAGUCAAGUUCCAGAACUGGGCCAAGACCUAUGGCUCCUCUCCGGAGCUGUACUUCCAGCCUACGUCGGUGGAGGAGAUCCGGGAGAUCCUGGACAUGGCCAGGCAGAGGAACAAGAGGGUGAAGGUGGUGGGGGGUGGCCACUCCCCUUCGGACAUCGCCUGCACUGAUGACUUCAUGAUCCACAUGGGGAAGAUGAACAGGAUCCUCAAGGUGGAUAAGGAGAAGCAGCAAGUGACGGUGGAAGGUGGGAUUUUCCUCUCGGACCUGAAUGUCGAGCUGAGCAAGCAUGGGCUGGCCUUGGCCAACUUAGGCGCUGUUUCCGAGGUGGCAGCGGCCGGCGUGAUCGGCACGGGGACGCACAACACCGGGAUUGAGCACGGCAUCCUGCCCACCCAGGUCGUGGAGCUGACACUGCUGACUGCCUCGGGGGAGAUCCUGGAGUGCUCGGAGUCGGUCAACGGGGACAUCUUCCAGGCUGCCCGCCUGCACCUGGGCUGCCUGGGCGUCGUGCUCACGGUCACCUUCCAGUGCGUCCCCCAGUUCCAUCUGCAUGAGGUGGCCUUCCCGUCCACCCUCACCGAGGUGCUCGAUCAUCUCAGUGACCACCUGAAGAGAUCCAAAUACUUCCGCUUCCUGUGGUUCCCACACAGCGAGAACGUCAGUGUCAUCUACCAGGACCCCACCAGCAAGCCCUCCUCUUCCUCCGCCAGCUGGUUUUGGGAUUAUGCCAUUGGCUACUAUUUGCUGGAGUUUCUGCUCUGGAUCAGCACCUUCGUGCCUAGCUUGGUUCGCUGGAUCAACCGCUUCUUCUUCUGGCUCCUCUUCAGCUCCCGGGUGGAGAACGUUGCCAUCAGCUACAAGAUCUUCAACUACGAGUGUCGCUUCAAGCAGCACGUUCAGGACUGGGCCAUCCCCAUUGAGAAGACGAAGGAGGCCUUGCUGGAGCUGAAGGCUGCUCUGGAGAACAACCCGAAGAUGGUGGCUCACUACCCUGUGGAGGUGCGCUUUGCGCGGGGGGACGAGAUCUGGCUGAGCCCCUGCUUUCGGCGGGACAGCUGCUACAUGAACAUCAUCAUGUACCGACCUUAUGGAAAGAACGUCCCGCGGCUCAACUACUGGCUCACCUACGAGGGCAUCAUGAAGAAGCACGGCGGGCGACCGCACUGGGCAAAGGCCCACACGUGCACCCGAAAGGACUUUGAGACCAUGUACCCGGCCUUCCCCAAGUUCUGCGCCGUCCGGGAGAAGCUGGAUCCCACGGGAAUGUUCCUGAACACCUACCUGGAAAAGGUGUUUUACUGAUGCUGCAGGGACGGGGUGAGGCCAGGGGUGGAAGAAGGACCAGCCCCAUCAGCUCUGGUUCUCAGGACACAUUAAAGUUCAUGGUCCUCCAAGGUGCUGCACCCCCCAGCUCUGUCCUCAUUUGUCACCAUGGCUGGGAGCAAGACCUGGCCCCAUGGGAAGGGGCUUACUCUGACCUCCAGGCUUCAACAGCCCAAAUGGUCUGGGGCCCAGCUCCCGUGUUUAAUGCCACCAGGAUCUCUUCAGGGUCUGGGAAUCACUCCUGGAGACCAACAGCUCAGGUGUGUCAUGUUCCUGUCCCCCCCUCCUCCCCCCAAGACCUGCGCAGUCCCAUGUGCCUCCUGUCCAAGCCGAUGCCUCAAUAAAGAUCUUUUCUCUGAGCAAAGCCAA